GCGCAGCCUUCGACGGCUCGGCUCUGGCGCAAUUGGCAUGCGCUUGGCAGAGUGAGCUAGUUCAGAACACCAAGCUGCAAGAUGCGGAAAUUGAAGCACCAUGAGCACAAGCUGCUCAGAAAAGUUGACUUCCUGCAAUGGAAGAAUGAGCACAACCAGCGGGAGCUGCAGGUGAUGCGGCGGUACCACAUCCAGGACCGUGACGACUACUCCAAGUACAACAAGGUGUGCGGCAUGGUGACCAAGCUGGUGGCCACCUUGAAGCGGCUGGAUGCGCGCGACUCCACCCGCAUCGAGCUCACAGACCAGCUGCUGGACAAGCUGCACAACAUGGGGGUGAUCACCACUAAGAAGAGCCUGGUGCAGCUGGAAAAGCUGAGCACCGCGUCCUUCUGCCGCCGCCGCCUGUCGGUCAUCAUGGUGCGCCUCAAGAUGAGCGAGACGCUGCGCGAGGCGUGCACCUUCAUCGAGCAGGGACACGUGCGGGUGGGGCCCGACACAGUCACCGACCCCGCCUUCCUGGUCACGCGCAGCAUGGAAGACUUUGUGACAUGGGUGGACACCAGCAAGAUCAAGCGCAAGGUGCUGCGGUACAACGACAAGCUGGACGACUUUGACAUCAUGGUGGGGUGAGGGCAGGAGGCCUGGCCCUGGCCCCGCCCGACCUGACGCAAAUCUGGGGGCCGCCUGGCAAGAUGCCGCCAGCGCACAUCUCCACCCAGAGGUGCUGCCUUGAUUUCUCUGUGUGCACACUUUUAUGCGUCCACCUUGCUGCUCCUUCCUGACGCUGUUCUGCUUCUGCGUUUCGUCUGUCUGCUUGUUGCUCCCCUGCUCUCCUGUCCGGCUCGCUCUCUGCUGCCGUCGCGGUUCGCCGCCACCGUUCCUUUCUGCCCUGACUUUUGACCUACACUGUAUGGACACUUCAACACCAGCCCUUUGAGAAUGCUUU